AUGUCGGACUCAACAAAGCCUCCAUCAAUCCCAGCUUGGCAGCGACAGGCCGCCUCGCCAGCCGAUCAAUCUCCAUCCCAGUCACCCUCCCCAUCGCCGAGCUCCGACGAUGCGCCCGCACCCACCUCACGCGAAGACCUCAUCAACCAAGCAUCCCGAUUCCUGGAGGACGAGUCAAUCCGGGAUUCCUCCACAGAUCGCAAAGUAGCCUUUCUCGAAUCCAAAGGGCUCAACCCCGACGAAAUCCAACAACUCCUCGGCGUUUCCCGAAACCAAGAGGCGACCAGCAGCAACGCGAGCACCGUUGACAACGCACAGGAAACGCCUCAGACCUCCUCUGCUUCCAGCGAAACUGAAGUGACACCUUCAUCCCCUGUCACAGCACAAUCUUCAUCCCAAUCCCCAUCGCCAUCUACCACCAUGUCUCAACAGCGCACAUCCACCGCCACCACCACACCAGCAAAGCGCGAUGAGCCCCCAAUAAUCACCUACCCCGAGUUCCUGUUCGAGCCCACCAAGCCCCCUCCUCUGGUAACAAUGCAAAGCGUUCUAUACACUUUAUACGGCGCCGCCGGUCUCGGCGCAACCAUAUACGGUGCAAGCGAGUAUAUCGUGAAACCAAUGCUAGCAACCCUUACAAGCGCGCGCCAAGAGCUAGCAGAAACAGCCCAAGAGAACCUGCAAAAGCUGAAUGAGAAGCUCGAAAAAACAGUAUCCGUCAUUCCACCCCAUCUCAAAGCCCGUAAGGACAACUCCGACGAGGAAGACACCGAGGAUUCUGACAGUGUCACAUCCGAUCCCACGGAGCUAUUUCACCGAGACAUGGGGACCCAGACUACACCAGAUGUGUCGUCAUCUACUUCGCUCUCAGCUACAAAAGAAGGCGAAGAGAAGCCCGCCGAUGCGCCCUCCAUCGCGGUUUCGAGCCAUAUGAGCCGGUUGGAAUCCAUUCAGUCGCAGUUGAAGGAGGUUGAAGGCCUUGAGAAAGAGUCGACCACGUUGGACGAUAAUUUGCGUUCGAAGAUGAGUGAUUUGCAUCAUUAUCUUGAUGGCUUGAUCUAUGCGGCUCCUACUUAUACCGCUGCUGGGGGUUCGUUUGGUCUGUAUGGGAAUAAUAACUCUGGGACGGAUGGAAGCUCGUCUGGUGUGCGGAAGGCGGAGGAUGAGGCUAUCGCAAGCUUCAAAGCUGAUAUUCGCGGCGUUAAGGGUGCGCUGUUGAGUGCAAGAAACUUCCCUGCUAGUCGGGGUGGUAGACUUGGAGGGUAUGCUGCUGGUGCGCGGUGA